AUGUUACAUUUAAGUAUACUCAACCAGACAGAAGUGAAUUUAUCUCUAAUUACUGACACUGCGGGUUUGGCAACACAUUUUUCAGAUUCCAUGAAAAUCCUAAUUAUUUCGCUAAUAUUGUUGUUAAUAUUUUUUACAAUUUCGGGGAAUUUUCUCGUGAUGUUAGCUUUUAUUAUAGACAGGAGGCUCAGAACACAGAGCAAUUUCUUCUUACUGAAUCUGGCCAUUUGUGAUUUUUACAUUGGGGCUUUUGCCACACCUUUAUAUUUAUCAUAUAUACUCACUGACAAGUGGAUACUUGGAAGAACUGCCUGCAAACUCUGGUUAAUAAUGGAUUAUACAUUAUGUGUGGCUUCAGUGUUCAAUAUUGUCCUUAUCAGCUAUGACAGGUUUCUUUCUGUAACCAAAGCAGUUUUAUAUCGCUCCCAACAAAACAAGCAAAGUCAGACUGUUCUUAAAAUGGUGACUGUCUGGGGACUGUCUUUCCUUCUCUAUGGUCCAGCCAUACUGUUCUGGGACAGAAUAUUUGAAAGAGAUAACAUUCCUGAUAGCAUUUGUGCGGCUGAUUUCUUUGAUGUUUGGUAUUUUAAUUUUGGAACAUCUAUUUUCGAUUUUGUGCUGCCUCUGAUAAGCAUUUCAUUCUUCAAUCUGAGCAUCUACUGGAACAUAAGAAAACGCAGCAGAAAGAAGAGACAGACUUCUACACCUGUAAAUGAAAAGCAGAACAGUCCACAUAUCAUAGCAACUAACUCCGUCCUUUUUGAUUCACAAUUACAACAGAAUGAGGAAGCUAGAGCUGCUGUAAAGAAGAGCAGCAAGAUACUAUUAAGACAUUAUUUUGACUGUAAGGCAUUUUGCGCGUCACCAACACAGAACAAAUUAAUUAUUCAUGAUGUUCAAAUUAUUCAACUUUCUCGGGAUAAAAAAGUUGCUAAAUCUCUUUUAAUUCUGGUGUGUGUUUUUGUAAUUUGUUGGGCUCCAUACUCACUUCUGAUAACUAUAGGUAAGGCCUGUAAUGAUUAUUGUCUAGAUUCCAACUGGUAUAAGAUCACAGUCUGGCUGUUAUAUAUGAACUCUACAAUCAACCCUAUACUUUAUCCUCUGUGUCACAAGAGUUUUAGAAAUGCUUUCGCCAUGAUGUUCAAAAUAUGUAAAAAU